AGUCGGUCGGCCGUGGCGGGCGUAGCGGGCGUGCUCGCGCGAGGCGGGGCCGCGGGCGUGCUGGCUGGGUCGGAGAGCACGUCGGGCGGUGCGCCACGUGUGAUUUCCGGAACGGAGAGCGAUGCGCGGCAGCUCUGGUGGGCCGCGCUGAGACAGUGCCGCGAGCCGAGACCGGGUCGCGGUCGGGACAUUGCCGGGCCGUUUGAGGUGAAUGACGUCCUCCAGAGACCGGCACCAUGCUGAAGAGUUUUCUGUUGUCGCUACUGGCGGCGGCGCUGUGUGGAGUUCUAUGUUCAGCACGGGGUGAGACCAAGACGGUGUCGGCCGGCGCCAACCUGACCUUGACCUGUCCGCGCCAAGCUGAGGUCAGCAGGCCGGCUACUGUGUCGUGGGCGUGCCGCGGCUGCGGUCACGCACAGGGCGAGUUCACACUGGCGCGCUACGGGCCGGAUGGAGCGCUCGAGCGUCGGGAGGAGCGGGCGCGCCUGCUGCUGCCCACCUUCCAGCUGCAGAUCUACCCGGUGGUGGCGUCCGAUGCCGGCGAGUACACCUGUAUCGUGGACGGAUAUGACGACGGACGCUCCAUUCAGAUCGUGGUUGACGAUGUCCCUCCGGCGCCGCAGCGUCCCCUGGUGGUCGACUUCACCUCUCGUUCGGCCGUCGUGUCGUGGGCGCCGCGCUACUCCGGCUCGGACACGCCGCCCCUCAGCUACGUCCUCCAGAAGAGGAUAUUCGACCCGAAGGGCCCCUGGGACCAGCGGCGGGAGCUGCACAUCUCCGCGAAGGCGACUACCUACAACGUCACCGGCCUUCGUCCGUUCACGGCGUACAGUUUCCGGGUGUUUGCCGUGAACCGGGUGGGGCGCAGUGAGCCCAGCGACCCCAGCUACCCGACGGUGACACAUCGCGAACACCCCAGCGGAAAGCCGACAGUGAUCCGAACCCGGAGUCCCAGUCCCACCUCGAUCGAGGUGUUGUGGCGACCGCCCGACGCCGACACCAUGAACGGCGAGUUUAUCGGCCACGUGCUGUCGUAUCGUCCCCGUGACCAGACCGACGCCGAGUGGACGCUUGCCGACCUGUCCGGAAACGCUAACGAGACGACGAGUUACGAGAUCGAAGGACUCACACCUUACACCGAGUACCUGAUCAGAAUUCGUGUGAAGAACCUGGUCGGUCUGGGCCCGUUCACCGUGGUCCGGGAGACUACACAGGAGGGAGUUCCUGGUCGGCCCGAGGACCUGAAGCACCUGAGUGUGGGCGACACCUGGGCGAUGCUUGCCUGGAGCCAGCCUCACCACCCGAACGGCAUCAUCGAGGCGUACUACCUGUACUUCGACCGGGCCAACCGCAGCUUCACUGACAACCGGGUGGUGCGCGGCGUGCGACCCCAGAUGAGCUACAACCUCACCCGGCUCGAGCCCUACACCCGGUACACGGUAUGGCUGCACGCCAAGACGGCCAAGCACGAGGGCGCUCGCUCAGCGCGCAUGUCUUUCGUGACGGACGUCGGAGGACCGGGCGCGCCUGAAGUGACCAACGCGAGCUGUCAGGCGGACACUUCUGUCUACCUUCAGUGGCGGCGUCCGGCCGUGGUACACGGCUCCAUCGACAUGUACCGGGUCAUGUACCGCAGCGAGCGGCAGACCGAGUACCACAACGUCACCAUCGACACCAGCUACAGUGUGGAGAAGGAGCAGCUUCUGCUGACGAACCUCUCUGCCAACACCAUGUUCGAGGUGCGUGUGGUGGGUCUGGCGCGCUCCCGGUUCGAUCCGAGCCGGGUGUACGUGGGCGAGCCGUCGGUACCCCGUCAGGUGCUACUGCAGCCCGACUGCGAGCGGGUGCAGUACCUGCGUCGGCAGCAGACGCAGGCCGCCCCCGGCGCCGGAUGGGAGCUCAGCACGGGCAUGGUGGCCGGCGUGGUGUGCGCCGUGCUGGCCCUGCUGCUGGCCGUUCUGGCGCUGCUCGUCUGGAGGAAAUACUUCCAGGCACCAUACAACUACCUGGACGCCCCGCAGAAGGCCAUGUCGACCAUCUCCACCGACUGGGAGUCGGAUUCUCCUGACGGACCGACGGGACCCAUUCCCGUCCACCUGUUCCCCAAGCACGUGGACCGACUGCACGCCGACGGCGACAUCGGCUUCAGCAAGGAGUACGAGGCGAUCCAGGCACAGACGCUGCUGGACGGCUACACGUCCGACCUCAGCCAGCAGCCCGAGAACAAACACAAGAACAGAUACCUCAACAUCGUGGCAUACGACCACACGAUGGUGCCGCUUCAUCCGAGCGGCUCGCAGAAGAAGGCCGAUUACGUGAACGCCAACUACGUGGACGGCUACCAGCGGCCGCGGGCGUAUAUCGCCACUCAGGGGCCGCUACCGGACACGUUCGACGCCUUCUGGAGGCUGGUCUGGGAGCAGAACGUCUACAUCGUCGUCAUGAUUACCAACCUCAUGGAGCGAGGACGGAAGAAGUGCGACCAGUACUGGCCUCAAGAGGGCAAGGAGACGUACGGUGACAUUCAGGUCACCGCCGUCGGACAGAACGUGAUGGCCACGUACACCAUCAGAAAGUUCUGCUUACGGCACCUAAAGGUGGACAAGAAGCGAGGCCGCGGCGCCGCGGAGCGCGUGGUGUACCAGUACCACUACACCAGCUGGCCCGACCACGGCAUCCCGCACAGUCCGCUGCCCAUCCUCAGCUUCAUCAGAAAGUCGGCAGCAGCCAACCCCGAGGUCGCGGGGCCCAUCGUCGUCCACUGCAGUGCCGGUGUGGGCAGGACGGGCACCUACAUCGUGCUCGACUCGAUGAUGCGGAUGAUCCGGGCCAAGGGCGAGGUGAACGUCUUCGGCUUCCUGAAGCACAUCCGGACGCAGCGCAACUUCCUGGUGCAGACGGAGGACCAGUACGUGUUCCUGCACGACGCCCUGCUGGAGGUGGUGGAGAGCGGCGAGACGGACAUCCACAGCUCCUUCCUGCGGAGGUACCUGCACAACCUGCAGACCACCGAGCAGGACAUCUACCCCUGGUACAACCUCGACAGACAGUUCAAGCUGAUCAACUACGACCAGCCGUCCAACAAGUGCAUGUCGUCCGGUCGCCACCCUCUGAACGUCUCCAAAAACCGGCGGCCAGACCUGCUGCCCACCGAGCUGCACCGGGUGCGGAUCAGCCCCAAGAGCGGCGUCGAGUGCUCCGACUACGUCAACGCCUCGUGGCUGCCCGGCUUCAGCAAGCUGGACGAGUUCGUGGUGACGCAGCACCCGCUGACGGCCACGGUGGCCGACUUCUGGCAGAUGGUGUGGGAGCACAACGCCCAGACCAUCGUCCUCCUCAGCCCCGUCGAUGACCAGGAGUACUGCAUCUUCUGGCCAAUGGAGCAUGUGGACGUGGAAUGUGACCAGUUCCGGGCGCGCUUCGUCGCGGAAACACGCAGUGAUCCGUACGUUCUCCGGGAUUUUACGCUCCAGUCUCCCACGGACGAGUACGAACUGGCUGUGCGGAUCAUCCAGUGCUCCAACUGGCCCGAGAACUGCAGCCCCAUAGUGCGCGUGUUCGACCUGAUCCAGGUGGUGCAGCGGUGGCACCUCGAGUACCAGAACGGGCCGUGCCUGGUGGUAGACCGGUUCGGUGGCACCGAGGCGGCCACCUUCUGCUGUCUGACCACGCUGAUGAAGCAGCUCGAGUACGAGUCGCACGCCGACGUGUACAUGUACGCGCGGCUGUACCAGCAGCGGCGGCCGGAGGUGUGGCGCAGCCAGGACGACUUCCUCUUCUUGUACCGGGCCGUCGAGGCGCUGGUGGCCUCGGACGCGGCGGCCGACGCCGCGGCGGCCGGCGCGUCGCCGCCUCCCCCGGACGUGACUGACGUGCAGCGUCAGACUCUGCGGCCCAUCCUGAAGAAGGGCGGCGCGCGCCAGCGGCCCGCCUCCACGGCCACGGUGCGCAUCCCGCCGGACGGUAUGGAGAGCGUGGUCGUGGACAUGGGAGAGUACGUGACGUGAGGGCACCGGCGCGGCGGGCCCCGCGCGCCGCGCCGCGCCUCCGCCCUGCGCGUGUCCGUGUCGAUCGCGGGCCAGCGCCGCGCGCGCGCCACCUCUGUCUAGUCUGUGUCAGAGCCGGAGAGAGGCCAGCGUGCCGAGUGCACGCGCAGCCAGCUAGCGACUUUUGUUUCACGCUGUUCGCCGAGGUUGGCGACUGGCGUCCCGCGUCUUAUGUUGUUUUUCUAUCCAUGCUGAGGUAGUUUGCCGGGAAGAGGUGCUAACGGGUAUCCCGUCUGAAGUGAACUGAUUACGUCAUGUCGGUGAAAAUGCGAUGCUGUGGCUGAACUCGUUACAAAAUGUGUGCAUGACUGCCGCCACAUGCUGCGUGGUUGCCGCCCGGGCGGAUUCCCGAGUCCGUAGACCACCGCUCUGUCUCCGUAUUGCUCGCAUGUCGAGAGCAGCAUACCUCGUCCUGCCGUCGGGGCUUCCGCGAGACGGCGGCCGUCUUGGGCGCACAUUUCGCGCAUUUCCAACUGCCGGAAACUCGUGCCAUAGAGCGGAAACGGUAAACUUCCGGUUACGCUUUUAGCCUGUGUCUACCAUAGAGAUGCCGUCGCCAUAAGUAUUUGAGACUGCAAGGUCCGGCGUAACCACCCAUUCGCCACUUGUCCGGCUCGUCUCCGAACGGUAGAAGUUACCGGGAGCCGGGCCAACCCACAGUUAACUACUGAAUGCCUGUAUUUAUGACAUGAUAGUGUAUGCCGCUGCUGCUCAAGAUUUGUUUGAUUUCGUUGGACCACUACACUACCUGACAACACUUGGGCUUUAUUUGGUCAGCUACAUUAAGUGCUCAGAAUGCUACAUGAGUGUUGUCUAUUGCUGUUUUGCUGAAUAAUGUCCAAGCAUUGACGUGUCGCAGUUGAACGUAAACCCAGCUCUUUAUUUCUAAUCUGUCUACGAGUAUUUGUGUAAGUCUAGUGUAUGUUCCUGUGAUAUUUUGGUUAUUGUUUUGGAUAAAAUAAAGAUGCUGGUUGUAUGCAAA